AUGCAAAUUUCCCAGGCCCGUGAGGCCAGACUCAGCGAGCUCAACAACCAGAUGUGGCAGGCAGGAGUCACAGGGAUGCUUCGUGGGAGUAUCUUUGCACUUGUCUCAGGAGUCUUUUUCAACUACAAAUACAACCACGGACACAAUGUCAGGUUCUUCAACACACCAUACAAGGUGUGGUGGUUCAUCAGUUGUAACGUUGUUGGAAUCAUUUUUACAACCGACAUCGCUAAGCACAAGAUCUCGCAACAGGUUGCGGUCGAGGAUGAAAUCAGGAGGAACGAGUAUUUGCAGAACGAAGUGUACCGGAAGUGA